AUGAAUCGUGUUGCAGUGGUGUGGGUGUGUCUGGCUUUGGUGGUGUGUGCGAUGGCCAGACGAGGAAGCGGUGGUUUUAAAGGGGGUUUCAGCUGGUGCAAGGGCAGCAGCAGCAGUAAAGGGGGCAGCAGCAGCAGUAAAUGGAGCAGCAGCAGCAGUAAAGGGGGCAGCAGCAGCAGUAAAGGGAGCAGCACGGGAAACAGAGGAGGCAGUAACACCAGAGGGUCCUCAGCUGGAGGAACACACUCCCAGCCAGCCAAUUAUCCUCGUCAGCCUCAAGUGCCUAACCAAAACCCUCCACCAUAUCCUGGCACUGGUGGAGGACAUGCUGGCUCUUAUCCAGGCAGAGGGGGUGCUGGAGGCUAUCCUAAUCAGGGAGGCUAUCCUAAUCAGGGAGGCUAUCCUAAUCGGGGAGGCUAUCCUAAUCGGGGAGGCUAUCCUAAUCAGGGAGGUCAAGGAUCAUAUCCACGUCAAGGAUCAUAUCCUGGUGCAGCUUCAUAUCCUAACAGCCAACCAGGAAGGAGUGGAGGGUACCCUUAUCCUCAAGGUGGUUCUUACCCUGGGUACCCAGUCCGGGGAGCAUCUUAUCCUGGUUCCAGCCCUAACCAGUAUGGUGGUGCAGGAGGAUAUCCUGGAGCAGCACAAUACCCCUACUGGAACCCCAACAAUAAAAUCAUCAGCCCUCGUUAUGGUGGUAACUAUGGAUAUGGUGGUUAUGGAGCAGGAGGUUCUCCUUUUGCCCAGUCUGUGCACAAUAUGGGUAUGAAGCCCUCUAUCCAAUCAAAGGGGUUUGGUAAGCAGGCAGUGUUGGCUGCUGGAGUUGGAGCUAUGGCUGGCAUGGCGGUGGGUUAUGACCUGGGCAGUUUUCCACGCCCACACUUCACGUUUCACAGCCCACAAGAAGAAUAUUAUUAUAACCACUACAUGUACCGGCGCUAUGGUACCAGACCUCCUGACAGUAACACAAACCCCAGCUCUCCAGGAGCGGGGCCAAGUGACUCUGGAUCAAGUUCAACUAGUAAUGUUCACAACAUCCUUCAAUAUCCUCCACCGCAGUCAUAUGACAAGUACAUGGACAGCUGUAUGAAGAGGACGGAUUUGUUGCGAGAGGAGCAGGGCAGAAAUAAGAGAGCUGCUGAAUACUCAUUGCCACAAGAGGCAGAGGAUAGUAAAAAGGUUCUGACUGAAGAAGGUCCAAAUGAGCAGCUGGGUGAUAAACCAGUUGGGGAAGCAGAAUCUCAAGGAUCAGACCUUAUUACAAGAAAUGAGAACACUGGGGGAAAAAAUGUAACUAGCAAUGCCACAGAUAACCCUCUGCCCUUCGCUGCAAAGCUUACAGGUGCUACAGAGCCACCCACUGAGCCUCAGGAGAAGACGACUGAUGAGCUGAACAAGGAAGAUGAUACCGUAAGCAUAUUGGAGAUAGGCUAUCCUGCACUGAUUGAGCAGAUGAAAGCUCGUCGCUGUAUUGAUCUUUACAUGGUUUACUCUCAGCAACAUGCUGAGAAACAGGCUCAAGUGCACGGUGGUGGUAAUCGUGGUAAUGAUGCUAAUGGUGCUGAACAGCUCAUACAGCUUAGUCAUGGGCUCAUGCUCAUCUCUCUGCUUAUGAGCUCUUUGUUAUUCUACUGAACCUAGUGAGCUUUUCUGAAAUCAUGUACACCCUCUUUAGUUAUGGUAAGACCUAUAUUAAGUGAACUACAAGGGAAAAAAAAUUGAUGUCCGGCAUGCAGACACUGAGUUGAGAAUAUAAACAUAAUCUGUUGAUGUAUAUACGCUCAGUCCUGGCUAAUUAUAAAAAGCAAGGAAUCCAUAUUUCAGAAUAAGUAAGGAGUUCUGCC